GCGUGCCAGGACGCGCAGCGCGGAGUUGGUACGAACAUCUUCAGACCGAAAACACUCGGGCUGCUCCGCUCGCCGAUGCGCCGCGGACCGCUCGCCGUCUCUCGGGUCUCACGCGGGAUUAAACAUGUUCGAGUUGCGGGGAUGACGACGGAACGCGAAGCGGGCGGCGCCGGAGAAAGUGUGCCUUGUUCGGAGCAGAACGGGUCGGGAGCCUCGGAGCAGAACUCGGAGCGCUUGGAGGCCAGCAGAAGCCUGAAGCGCCAGUUAGCCUGCUAGCUAGCUAGCCAGCUAGCCUUCUAAUGUUACAGUGUUUAGGCAGCAAAUAACCAAACAAACGUCGUAGCUGUGGGGAGCCUGUAGUCAGUAGGGGAGCUGUUGUUGGACGGCCUCCUACGUAAAUGUGCCUGUAGUAGUUUUUAUUUCAUUUUAGUAGCAUUUGCUGGAAUAACACUUAGCAAGAUUGUUGUUAGCAUCGUAGCUAGCCGUAUUUACAGCAGCGUUAGCCGCUUAGCUAGCGAAUUAACUUUAUGCUACAUGUGCCGAUUUUCUUUCAAAGCCAGCUUUUUUUGCAGUCGACUUUGGAGCCGCAGUGCAGUUUAGCUUUACUCCUUAUAUCUGUGAAGAAGCCACUUGGACUUUCCCUGCCGUGCCUGCCCCGGACUGACCCACCCUAAAGGACUAUCUACCCGGGGCCGAUGCUGACAGCUCAGCCCGGACCACGGCCACGCCAGGAGCCGCUACAGCGAUGCAGCCGCAGCAGAUCUACGACUUUUCCAGUGACGAGAACAGUCAGAAAUGGAGAGGCCUCUUCGUGCAAGCUUUACGAAAGGUGCAGAAGCAGGUCCACCCAAACCUGACGGCCAAGGAGGAUGCUCUCCAACACGUGGAGGAGCUGAUCCUGCAACUCCUCAACAUGCUCUGCGUGGCCCAGCCGCGCACCGUGCAGGACGUGGAGGAACGCGUGCAGAAAACCUUCCCCCAUCCCAUCGAUAAGUGGGCCAUCAAUGACGCGGCGUCGGCCAUCGAGAAGCGGAAGAGGAGAAACCCGCUGCUCCUCCCUGUGGACAAGAUUCACCCGCUGCUGAAGGAGGUUUUGGGCUACAAGGUGGACUACCAUGUGUCUCUGUACAUCGUGGCGGUGCUCGAAUACAUAUCAGCAGACAUCCUCAAGCUGGCAGGAAACUACGUCUGCAACAUCCGGCACUUUGAAAUCAGCCAGCAGGACAUCAAGGUGUCCAUGUGCGCAGACAAGGUGCUGAUGGACAUGUUUGACCAGGAAGAGGACAUCGGCCUGAUGUCGCAGAGCGCCGAGGAGCCCUCGGCCUCCGAGGAGGUCACGUACGACGACCUGGUGAGGCUGGAGAUCGCAGAGGAGCGGCAGUACCUGCGGGAGCUCGACCUCAUCAUCAAAGUGUUCCGGCAUCACUUCAUGACCAACCCCAAAAUCUUCACCGCUCAGGACGUGGAGGUGAUCUUCAGCAACAUCCUGGACAUCCAUGAACUCACCGUCAAGCUUCUGGGGCUGAUCGAGGACGCCGUGGAGAUGACUGCCGACGGAUGUCCUCAUCCACUGGUGGGAAGCUGCUUUGAAGACCUGGCAGAGGAACAAGCGUUCGAUCCCUACGAGAUCCUGUCUCAGGACAUCCUGAGCAAAGACUUUCACGAGCACUUCAACAACCUGAUGGCUCGCUCCACCGUCGGCCUCUACUUCCAGUCCGUAGCAGAGGGCUUCAAGGAAGCGGUCCAGUAUGUCCUCCCCCAGCUGAUGAUGGUCCCGGUUUACCACUGUCUGCACUACUUUGAGCUGCUGCAGCAACUUCAGGAGCGGAGCAAAGACCAAGACGACCGCGAGUGUCUGAAGCAGGCCAUCACGGCUCUGCUCAACCUCCAGUGCAGCAUCGAGCGCAGCUACAACAAGCACCAGCCCCGCCGUAAACCCGGCGAGCCCAUGUACCGCCUGUACAGCCGGCAGAUCCGCAGCAAGCAGCUCGCCAUCAAGCGCAUGAACGAGAUCCAGAAGAGCAUCGACGGCUGGGAGGGCAAAGACAUCGGCCAGUGCUGCAGCGAGUUCAUCCUGGAGGGGCCGCUCAUCCGCGCCGGCGCCAAGCACGAGAGGCACAACUUCCUGUUCGACGGCCUGAUGAUCAGCUGCAAGGCCAAUCAGAGCUCGCGGCUGCCGGGGGCGGGGAACGGGGCGGAGUACCGGCUGAAGGAGAAGUUUGUGCUGAGGAAGGUCCGCAUCGUGGACCGGGACGACUCGCCGGACCUGCGGCACGCCUUCGAGCUGAUGGGCAAAGACGAGAACUGCGCCGUUUUCUGCGCACGGACAGCAGAGGAGAAGGAGGCGUGGAUGGCGGCGCUGGUGACCCUCCAGUACCGCUCCACGCUGGAUCGCAUGUUGGACACGGCGCUGCACACGGAGGAGCAGGAGCACCCGCUCCGGCUGCCCUCCCCGGACGUUUACCGCUUCGCGGUGCAGGACUCCGAGGAGAACAUCGUGUUCGAGGACAAACUGCAGAGCAAAACCGGCAUCCCCAUCAUCAAGGCCGGCACCGUGGUCAAGCUGAUCGAGAGGCUGACCUACCACAUGUACGCCGAUCCCAACUUUGUGCGAACGUUUCUGACCACCUACCGGUCGUUCUGCAACCCGCAGGAGCUGCUGUCGCUGCUCAUAGACAGGAUUGAGAUCCCCGAGCCGGAGCCCAGCGAGGAGGAUCGGCAGGCUCUGUGGAACGGCGAGCAGCCGAUGGCGGCCGAGCUCCAGAGGUUCAGGAAAGAAUACGUGCAGCCCGUCCAGCUCAGGGUCCUGAAUGUUUUCCGUCAGUGGGUGGAGCAUCACUUCUACGACUUUGAGAACGAUCCGGAGCUGAGAAGUCGGUUGGAGGAAUACAUCACCAGCAGAAUUCAGCUCCGAGGUAAAUCCAUGAGGAAGUGGGUGGAGUCCAUCAACAAGAUCAUCAGGAGGAAGCUGCAGACUCAGCUGAACGGCGUCAGCCACAACAUCACCUUCGAGAGCUCGCCGCCUCCCAUCCAGUGGCACAUCUGCACGGCGGGCCAGGUGGAGCAGUUUGACCUCAUGACCCUCCACCCCAUCGAGAUCGCUCGCCAGCUCACGCUGAUCGAGUCCGACCUGUACAGGGCCGUCCGGCCGUCUGAGCUGGUCGGAAGCGUUUGGACCAAAGAGGACAAAGAGAAGAACUCUCCCAACCUGCUGCGGAUGAUCCGCCACACCACCAACCUCACGCUGUGGUUCGAGAAGUGCAUUGUGGAAACCAUGAACCUGGAGGAGCGGGCCGCCGUUCUGUCACGGAUCAUCGAGAUCCUGCAGGUUUUCCAGGAACUCAACAACUUCAAUGGCGUGCUGGAGGUGGUCAGCGCCAUCAACUCCGUACCCGUCUACCGGCUGGACCACACCUUUGAGGCCAUACCAGAGAGGAAGAGGAAAGUCCUGGAGGACGCCGUGGACCUGAGUCAGGACCAUUUCAAGAAAUACCUGGUGAAGCUGAAGUCCAUCAACCCGCCCUGCGUGCCUUUCUUUGGUAUCUACCUAACCAACAUCCUGAAGACGGAGGAGGGAAACCCCGACUUCCUGAAACGCCACGGCAAAGACCUCAUCAACUUCAGCAAGAGGCGGAAAGUGGCGGAGAUCACCGGCGAGAUCCAGCAGUACCAGAACCAGCCGUACUGCCUGCGGGCGGAGCAGGACAUCCGGAGGUUUUUCGAGAACCUGAACCCCAUGGGCUCCAUGAGCGAGAAGGAGUUCUCCGACUACCUGUUCAAGAUGUCUCUGGAGAUCGAGCCGCGCAACUGCAAGCAGCCCCCCCGAUUC